CUCACGACCGACCGUCUCAGUCCUGCCUUUGUUCUCUUCUCUAAAACCUUGUUACAUUAUUGUAAUUACCGGUGUUUCUGCACUCAACAGUGAAUAAUAAACGUCAUCAGAACCAGCAGCAGAACCUGGACCUGAGGGAAUUAUUACCCGUCUACAGUCGUCAUGGACGAGCGGUGCAGCCGCUGACAACAAAGAGACGAAGAAGAAGACGCCAAUGGAGACGCACAAAUUCAGCGACGUUUUCGUCAUCGACAAGGACGCAAAACUGGAGAGUAUAACGACAGCGAUGGCCGCGUACCUCCCUCCAAAGAGUCCAGGAGUGAGGACCAAGGGCACCAGGAAGGAGCUUUUGGAGAAAAACAUUGCCCACCAGGUGAUAAGACUUGCGACUGAUGUUAAAUCGAACGCGCCGACUCCAGAAACUCACUUCUGCUCCAUGACCCACAGAAGUUUCACCGUUGACGGAUUUGAACCCGUCGCUCCCACUGCAACAUACGGUCACGAUUAUAAAACGGACGAGGCGGUGACGUUCUGGAGUGAAAACUACCCGCACACGCAGGGCGUGACUGCCGUCAGGAACCUGGAGGCUCCUUUCAGGAAGUCGGCAUGUUUCAGUAAACCUAUCAACGAACGUUUGGACGACGAUUCUCCGUCUGACCACUGAGACACAGUCAGCUAAAGAUUUAAAGAAGUUUUUUAUGUCAUGAUCAUCUUGAGCACAGUAAUCGGGAUAGAUGUAAUGACGUCAACUAGUGGUGUAAGAAAAUAUUGAUAUAUUUUGUAGUGUAAUACUGCAUCCAUACUUUAACUAACUAAAACACUCUUGAUAGUGAUUUUCUGACAUUGGUUUCAUGUUGUAAUUAAUCCUCCUUGAAGGAAAACUAUUCUGUUUACGAGGAGUUUAGUUUUUACUGUAUAUCGCCUUGAUGCUAAUGUCCAAUGUGGACAUGUCGCAAUAUAUUAUAUCAUCAUGUACUGUAUCGCAGGAUUCUUGCUGAAUGACAAUUGUUGUAAACUACACAGGAGAGAAAGAAUCAUUAGAAAUAUUUUAAAUGGUUCCGAUAUCGUUUUAUCGUACGUUAAAACAAUCACAGAAAAGUGAACACACGUUUUUAACAGGCUAACUGUUAAUGUUAGAGGUUAAAAACAGUAAAGUAGUAUUUAUGCUCCUUUUUUGUCUGUUUUACGUCUGUCUGUACCAAACGUUAUCAUGGACAUUCCACGAUACGCCCUCUAGAGGGCAGUGCUGAGUCCCAAGGUUAUUGUUUAUGUUACACCGCUGAAUGUAAGUCGUCUUAUUAUUGAGGAAUAUUAUUUUUUGGAUAACUCGCUUCAGAGAACAGGCCCUGGAAUUGAGGUCCAGUUUUCUGACUGAUUGACUCUAUACUGCCUCCCACGAUUUCUGGUGGUGUUGCUCGGUUUCAGUUUCAGUUUUUUUCUAACAACCUAGCGACUGAGAGUGAGCCUCAGUGUCUCGAGCUGGUUCUCGCCAGCAGGGGGCGCUCAAAGCACAGUGACUCAUAGAACCACAUUUAAAAACUAUCCCUUUAAAUCGCACACACGUUUGCAGUGUGUGUGUGUCUGUGUGUGUGUGUUUUCUGUCACUGGUGGACAACUUCAGGUGCGGCUGAUCCUUCCAGAGCUUUUCAGCGAGGAUUAGCAGGUGGUCGCUAUGGAGACGAGUCAUUUCAGCAUCUAUCCGAGCAGCGAACACUUCAUUAGCUGACGCGAUGAAAGUGACGGCGUUUUGCUCCCUGAGCUCGAGGCUUUAAGGAUAAUUUGUCCGUCAGAUGUUUUCAUGUCAGUUUCUCCUUCCUUCUUUAAAAGCUGCUUUCUGUCGCUCUUUGUGUUUGUUUUUGAAUAAAACAUCAAAUAAUUUAAAAAACUUUAAAUUAUGACUAAAUUGUGAAAGGCAUCCAGGUUUGCUUAUUAAACCAGUUCUGUUUGUCUUUG